AAGUCCAACACCAUCUCACCUGAGCUGGAUCCUGUCGCUUCCUCCUGCUUGCAUCAUUGUUCGCGAGAAAUAAAGAGCUCCUGUCUUGCGAGUUCUGUUUUCUCUGCCGGUCCGAGAGCUUUCCAGCUUCCGUAAUUUCUUAAUCCCUUCUCACACUCUUUAGGAUACUCUUUCUUUGCUCCCCUUUUGGACUCUUGUCAGUCCGUCCCUGCCUCUCUUGGCGCAUCCAUCUGGUUUUGAAUUUCGAGCCCGGGUAAUCAGGAUACAGGACCAAAAAACGCCGUUGGCCUCCAGCUGCGAAUUCCAAAGCCAGUUUCCGACAUCAUUCCAGCCGUCAGCAAACAACAGUGACGCGCCUCGACGCCUGCAUCGUUACUUGAUAGCAGGGAUAUAACCAACAGCACAUCCGUUUCCAACAUUUCCCAGUUUGCUUUGCGGCAACCAGAUUCCAACAAAAUGGGUCUCUCCAAAGGCUCUCUCCUGGCCGCUGGCCUCAUGAUGGGUCAGGCCUCGGCCGCGCUGCAGCCCAUCGUCAUGAAGGGCGCCAAGUUCUUCUACGAGAACGGCACGCAGUUCUACAUGAAGGGUGUUGCGUACCAGCAGGCCGUUGGCGCUGCUGGUGCCAAGGCGACGUCCAGCUCGUACAUCGACCCGCUGUCCGACGCCGCCAUCUGCAAGCGUGAUGUGCCCAUCCUGGCCGCCGCCGGCACCAACACCAUCCGUGUCUACGCCGUCGACCCUACGGCCGACCACACGCAGUGCAUGAAGCUGCUCGACGAUGCGGGCAUCUACGUCGUUGCCGAUCUGGGCGAGCCGGCCCUCUCGAUCGAACGCGACAACCCGCAAUGGAACGUCGCCCUUUUCGACCGUUACAAGAAGGUUAUCGACGAGUUGGCCAAGUACGACAACGUGAUCGGUUUCUUCUCCGGAAACGAGGUCACCAACAACAAGACCAACACGGGUGCGUCGGCCUACGUCAAGGCCGCCACCCGCGACUCCAAGAACUACAUCAAGUCCAAGGGCGGUCGCUGGAUGGGUGUCGGCUAUGCCACCAACGACGACACUGACAUCCGUGUCGACCUCGCCAACUACUUCAACUGUGGCAACCAGACCGAUUCCAUCGACUACUGGGGCUACAAUAUCUACUCGUGGUGCGGCACGAGCUCUAUGGAGGCUUCUGGCUACUCUGGUCAGGUCGAGUUCUUCAAGAACUACUCUGUCCCCGUCUUCUUCGCCGAGUACGGCUGCAAUGAGGGUCCCCUCAAGGCCGAGGGUCGUGACUUCAGCGACGCCACCGCCCUGUACUCGGAUGCCAUGACGGGCGUCUUCUCGGGUGGCAUCGUCUACAUGUACUACGAGGAGGACAACAACUACGGCCUCGUCAAGGUCGACGGCAGCGGCGCGGCCAAGACCAUGAAGAACUACGACGCGCUCAAGAAGGCCGUCACGGCCGCCAGGCCCAAGGCCAUCGACAUGGCGUCGUACACCCCGUCCAACAAGGCGGCCGAGUGCCCCGCGACGCACGACAAGUGGCGCGCCAACGCCAACCUGCCGCCCACGCCCGACCAGUCGGUCUGCGACUGCAUGGUCAAGGCCGCCACUUGCGCCCCGUCGUCGAGCCUGUCGUCCAAGUCGUUCGGCGAGAUCUUUGGCUACAUCUGCGCGCAGCCGGGCAACCCGUGCGGCGGCAUCAACGGCAACGCCACCACGGGCAUCUACGGCCCCUACUCCAUGUGUGACGACAAGGCCAAGCUCACGCACGUGCUCGACACGUACUACAAGUCGCAGAAGAACGCGGCCAGCGCCUGCGACUUCAAGGGCAAGGCCGCGGUCGCCUCGAGCCCCAGCACCCCGUCGUCUUGCACCGCAGCCCUGGCCAGCGCCAGCGCCGCCGCCGAGAACGCCCGCACCGCCACCGCCGCCCCCUCGGCCGGCGGUGACAAGUCGGGCGCCGUCUCGGUCCGCGAGCUCGCUGUCGGUCUGUACGCGGUCGCCGCCGUGGGUCUGGGCGCUCUCGUCAUGCUGUAAACGGGGCUCUGCUGGCCUGUGCUUGUUUUCCCCAACAGUUGUACUAGAAUCUUGAUUUAAUCCGGACUUGGAUGGGCCGAAGCACCACCACCUAGCAUGUAAACUAGGGUGGUUGGCCGAUUGUUAUAUAGACCAUUGCUACGUAACAUGUCAUCCAAAUCCACUCUCUUUUGUUCUGGGUGCUACUUUGAAUUGGAUAUGUUUGUGCAUACCGUAUCUCUCCUGACUUUAUUCGGAUCAUGUGCCCCGUCCGCUUGCGAUCUUGUCAUGGU